AUGGCCGCCGUCGGUCACGGCAUACGGAUGGCCAAACAAGAAUGCCAACAACAGUUUAGUACACAUCGGUGGAACUGUACGGGACCGUCGAAAGGCAACCCGUUCGGACACUUACAAAUUACCGCUAGUCGAGAAGCGGCUUACAUGUACGCUGUGAUCAGCGCCGGCGUGACGUACGCGCUGAUGGACGCGUGCAGCAGGGGCAACAUAUCCAUAUGCGGAUGUGACGCGCACUACCCUAGCGCCCUGGACGACGGACCAGCGGCGGCCGCUUGGAAAUGGGGUGGAUGCAGCGUGGACUUGGGCUUCGGCAUGGGGUUCGCCCGGAAGUUCCUGGACGCCCAGGAAUCGGACGCCGGCGAUUCUCGGAGUCUGAUGAACUUGCACAACAACAAGGCCGGAAGAAAGAUUGUCAAGAUGCUGUUGAACACCGACUGCAAGUGUCACGGGGUGUCAGGGAGUUGUACAAUGAAGACGUGUUGGCACAGUCUGCCGCACUUCCGGGAAGUCGGCAAAGCUCUGAUGCGAAAGUACCGAAAGGCCCGCAGCGUCCAGGCCGCGGGGGCGGUGGCUGCUGUCGGCGGUGGUAAUCCGCAAAGGGCUUCUGGCAAACGGUCGUCAAGACGACUGAGGCUCAGGCUCAGGUCGGCCAGGUCAGCGGCGGCGGGGUCGGCGGACGAGGAGGAGCCGAAGAUCACCGAGCUCGUCUACCUGGAACAGUCACCUAACUACUGCGACAGGGACUUUGGCACCGGGUCGCUGGGCACGUACGGCCGUUCCUGUAACCGGACUUCCGAUGGCACGGACGGCUGCGACCUGAUGUGUUGCGGACGAGGGUACAACACGCACCAGUUCACCAGGACCAAACAGUGUCGGUGCACAUUCUAUUGGUGCUGUUACGUCAAAUGCGACACGUGCGUGGAAAGGACCGAAGAAUACAGUUGUAAAUGA